AUGAGCGAGGCGGAUCGGGAUCGGGUACCCUCGCCCGCCGCGCAGCCGGCGGUGGCGGCGGAUGAGAGGAAAGGGAAGAAGGAGAAGGAGCCGGAGCGCGAGAAGCUGCCGCCCAUCGUGUCGGCGGGCGCCAGCGCGACUGCGGGUUUGGACAGAGGAUCCAAAGGCCAAAUUUCGACUUUCAGCAGUUCUGUUUCACCUGUCAGCCAGAAGCAAGAAGCUGCUGAAAACAGAAAUUCACCCACGCACCCUGUUUUCCCUAACAUCAAGAACGUGACAGACCCACCACCAGUUUGCCUUGAUGUUAGACAGAAACAGCGUCUCUCUACAGACACAUCAUCGGAAACAAAGGCCGCAGUUCCUCCAGAGUCUGCCCUUCCUCUCCAGCCCAGAACUAUGAAAGACUUUCAGGAAGAUGUAGAAAAAUCUAAGUCAUCAGGAGAUUGGAAAGCAGUACAUGAUUUUUAUCUAACAACAUUUGAUUCUUUCCCAGAACUAAAUGCUGCAUUUAAGAAAGAUACUACCACCUCAUUUAAUACCAUUGAAGACUCUGGGAUUAAUGCUAAAUUUGUGAAUGCUGUAUAUGAUGCCUUACUUAAUACUCCUCAAGACAUUCAGAAGACAGUAUUAAAGGGAAUCAUUAACAGCUUGUUACGAGAAUGGAAAGGUCCACGGACAAAAGAUGAUCUGAGAGCAUAUUUUAUACUUUUACAGAAUCCUCAGUUUAAUAACACAUCUACAUACGUCAUCUAUGCCCACUUGCUAAGACAGAUAGCUGCCUUAGUGGAAGCUGACCAUCAUUUCUUAAUCCACUGGGUUAAAAAAUUAUCCCAGAAGAGGUUCAAACAAUUGGUAGAGAGAUUGCUGCAGUUUAUUUCUUUACGACUGUUUCCGGCAAAGCCUGAAGAAUUUCCGCCCCUAACAAAAUGUUCCUGGUGGAUCCCCUCAGCAUCCAGAGUGCUGGCUUUACUGAAUACUGCAAACAAUUUGGUCCACCCUCCCCUUAUUCCUUAUACCGAUUUCUAUAAUUCUACCCUGGACCACAUUGACCUCAUGGAGGAGUACCACACCUGGCAGAGCUUUGGAAACUCCCACAGGUUUUCCUUCUGUCAGUACCCAUUCGUUAUUUCUAUAGCUGCAAAAAAAAUCAUUAUUCAGAGAGACUCAGAGCAGCAGAUGAUAAGCAUCGCAAGGCAAAGUCUGGUGGAUAAAGUAUCUCGAAGACAGAGACCUGAUAUGAAUAUGUUAUUUCUAAAUAUGAAAGUAAGGAGGACACAUCUGGUUAGUGAUUCUCUUGAUGAGUUAACCCGGAAAGGAGCAGACUUGAAAAAGAAGUUGAAAGUUACAUUUGUAGGGGAAGCUGGUUUGGAUAUGGGUGGUUUGACUAAAGAAUGGUUCCUUCUUCUAAUUCGCCAAAUUUUUCAUCCAGAUUAUGGCAUGUUUACAUAUCACAAAGAUUCACACUGCCAUUGGUUUAGCAGCUUUAAAUGUGAUAACUAUUCUGAAUUCCGAUUGGUUGGAAUUCUUAUGGGAUUAGCUGUUUAUAACAGCAUUACACUGGAUAUUCGUUUCCCCCCCUGCUGUUACAAGAAAUUAUUGAGCCCUCCCAUCGUUCCUAGUGAUCAAAAUACACCAGUGGGCAUCUGCAGUGUCACCACUGAUGACUUAAGUCAAAUUAUGCCUGAGCUGGCCCGUGGAUUAAGUGAACUCCUGUCAUAUGAGGGCAAUGUUGAGGAAGAUUUCUACUCAACAUUCCAGGUUUUUCAGGAAGAAUUUGGAAUAAUUAAGUCCUAUAAUUUAAAGCCAGGUGGUGAAAAAAUUCCAGUUACCAAUCAAAAUAGGAAAGAAUAUGUACAGCUUUAUAUUGACUUUCUUCUCAACAAAUCCAUCUAUAAGCAGUUCGCUGCAUUUUAUUAUGGAUUUCAUAGUGUGUGUGCUUCAAAUGCCCUUAUGCUGCUUCGCCCAGAAGAGGUUGAAAUCCUGGUGUGCGGAAGCCCUGAACUGGACAUGCAUGCUCUGCAGAGAAGUACUCAGUAUGACGGCUACGCAAAAACCGACUCGACUAUAAGAUACUUUUGGGAUGUUGUGCUUGGAUUUCCUCUCGAUCUUCAAAAGAAGUUGCUACAUUUUACUACAGGAAGUGACAGAGUCCCUGUAGGAGGAAUGGCAGAUUUGAAUUUUAAAAUCUCAAAGAACGAAACUUCUACUAAUUGGUUGCCUGUGGCUCAUACCUGCUUCAAUCAACUUUGUCUUCCCCCCUACAAGAGCAAAAAGGACCUGAAACAGAAAUUGAUCAUUGGAAUUUCAAAUUCAGAAGGUUUUGGACUUGAGUAA